ACAUUCGAGAUAGUGGGGGGCCCAAACCUGUGAUGGUGUAUAUUCACGGAGGGUCCUACAUGGAAGGCACUGGAAAUUUAUAUGAUGGCAGUGUGCUGGCAAGCUAUGGCAAUGUGAUAGUCAUCACCGUCAACUACCGGCUUGGGGUACUUG